AUGAUUUUUAGUCUUUAAAGACCGAGUCAUGUCUUUUGCUCUUGUCCUCCUUUCUUUUGCAAGACGAGCAAAACUUCAAAAGGUGCCUUAUAAGCUCUUCUUGAUAAAGGUGAUUCAGUUUUAACAAAAAGCUUCGAUGAGCAAAAUAAAGCUAGGCGUUGAAGUCAUAAGCGCACAUGGCCUGUUUAACACAGACAAGCAGAACUCAUGUAGCCCUUUCGUGGAGCUCAAGUUCGACAACCAGAUAUUCCGCACAACCACCAAACCCAACGACCCGAACCCCGUCUGGCACGAGUCUUUCUACUUCACUGUCUCUGAUCCUUCCUUCCUCUCCACACUCACACUCGAAGCCCAUGUCUACAGCUACCAAGACGGAACCGAUGCUAAGCCCUUUCUUGGAAAAGUCCGAGUCAACGGAACAUCCUUUGUUCCUCACUCCGAAGCAGCUCCUUUCAAUUACCCUCUAGAGAAACGCAGCGUUUUCUCUCGAGCCCGUGGAGAGCUGGGCUUGAGAGUCUUCAUCACAGAGGAUCCUUCUAUUACACCUUCUCUCCCAACCCCGGUUCCAGAGUCUCCUCGAUCUUAUAUCCCAAGUCCACGUCAAGAACCUGUGAAGUCCAUAAUCACAGCUGCUGCUAACAUGGUUGCUGCUGAUAAGCCUAAAGCACGUACGCUUUAUAACGUUACGCCUUCAGUGAACCAACAACAACAGCCGACGACAGCGAUGAGCUACGGCAUGCAGGAGAUGAGAGCUGCUGCGCCCAUGCCUCCAAGAGUAGUCCAAUACAACGGCCCAGGCCCAUCAUCAGAUUUCACCGUGAAAGAGACGAGCCCUUUCCUCGGAGGUGGACGGAUCAUUGGAGGACGAAUAGUUCGUGGUACGCAGAGGCCCGUAGGCACAUACGAUCUCGUCGAAGAGAUGAGGUUUCUCUUCGUGAGAGUCGUGAAGGCGCGUGAUCUCCCCGACAGAGACCUAACGGGAAGCCUAGACCCUUACGUGGAAGUAAAAAUAGGAAACUUCAAAGGAGUUACAAGACAUUUGGACAAGAACUCUGAUCCGGAGUGGAACCAAGUCUUUGCAUUUGCUAAAGAGAAUCUUCAGUCCAACGUUCUCGAAAUAGUCGUCAAGGAUAAAGACCUUGUCCUAGAUGAUUACGUUGGCACUGUCCGGUUUGAUCUCAAUGAGGUUCAAUCUCGUGUCCCUCCGGAUAGUCCUUUAGCUCCAGAGUGGUAUAGACUUGAGAACAAGAGAGGUGAGAAGAAGAGAGCUGAGAUCAUGCUUGCUGUUUGGGAAGGUACUCAAGCCGAUGAAGCCUUCGGUGAUGCUGUCUUCUCAGACUCGUUAACAUCUUCAGACAGCUCCGACAUUAUCUCCGCUAACCUCCGGUCCAAGGUCUACCAUUCUCCUCGGCUAUGGUACCUAAGGGUGAAGAUAAUAGAGGCUCAAGACGUGAUCAUAGUCUCCGACAAGUCACGUCUCCCUGAAGCCUUUGUGAGAAUCCAGGUCGGUAACCAGAUGUUAAAGACUAAAGUGGCUCAAAGAAGCUUUCAUCCGAGAUGGGACAAUGAGUUCAUGUUCGUAGUCGCGGAGCCGUUUGAGGAACACCUGGUCCUCUCGGUGGAAGACCACUCCGCAGCCAACAGAGACGAGCCUGUAGGCAAAGCUGUGAUCCCUCUCUCCGCUAUCGAGAGACGUAAUGAUGAUAGAGCGUUCCGUAGCCGUUGGUUUCAUCUCGAAGACUCAAUCUCAGACGCUAUGGAUGAGGACAAAGCCAAGAGAGUGAAGUUCGCUACUAGGCUCCACGUGGCCGCGGUUCUUGAAGGAGGCUACCAUGUCUUUGACGAGUCUACUUACUACAGCAGCGAUCUAAGGCCAACGGCGAGACAGCUCUGGAAACAAGCGAUAGGAGUCUUGGAGCUUGGGAUACUCAACGCAAACGGUCUCCACCCGGUUAAAAACCGAGACGGGAAAGGUACUUCGGACACGUACGUUGUUGCUAAGUACGGUCACAAGUGGGUUCGGUCGAGAACUGUGAUCAACAGCUUGAAUCCAAAGUACAAUGAGCAGUACACAUGGGAGGUUUUAGACCCCGCGACGGUCUUAACCAUCUGCGUAUUCGACAACGGUCACUUUUCAUCUGGAAAUGGCAGAGAUCAGACCAUUGGGAAAGUCCGUAUCAGACUCUCUACUCUUCAGACGGGCCGCGUAUACACGAACGCGUACCCUUUACUAGUUCUAACCCCAUCUGGUCUCAAGAAAAGAGGCGAGCUUCACUUAGCAGUGAGGUUCACCUGCACAUCCGUCUCCAACACGCUGAUGAAAUACACAAAACCUCUCUUGCCGAAAAUGCAUUACACGCAGCCUUUAUCCGUAAACCUACAAGAAAUGCUUAGAGUCCAGGCUCUCAACAUAAUCGUGGCUCGCCUAGGCAGGUCGGAGCCGCCGCUUAGACGAGAAGUCGUUGAGUACAUGACGGAUGCCAAGACUCAUCUCUUCAGCAUGAGGAGAAGCAAGGCUAACUUCUUUAGGUUCACCGCGGUGUUCUCGGGAGUGAUGUCGGUGUGGAAAUGGAUGGGAGAAGUUUGCAGCUGGAGGACGCCGGUGACGACGGGGCUUGUGCAUGUGUUGUACACGAUGCUUGUGAUGUUCCCGGAGAUGAUUUUGCCGACUGUGUUUCUGUAUAUGGCUGUGAUUGGGUUGUGGAACUACAGGAUUAGGCCGAGGUUUCCUCCUCAUAUGGAUACCAAACUGUCUUACGCGGAGAGUGUGAAUGCUGAUGAGCUCGACGAGGAGUUUGAUAUCUUUCCGACCAUGAAGGCUCCAGACAUUGUCAAAAUGAGGUAUGAUCGGCUGAGAAUUGUGGCGGGAAAGAUACAGACGGUGGUUGGAGACAUAGCGGCACAGGGAGAGCGCGUGCAGGCUCUGCUGAGCUGGCGUGAUCCACGCGCUACCGCAAUAUUUGUGACGUUCUGUUUUAUCGUUGCCAUGGUUCUCUACAUAACACCUUUUAAGCUCUUUGCUCUCCUCUCCGGUUACUACUUCAUGAGGCACCCUAAGCUCCGACAUCGUAUUCCAUCGGCUCCGCUCAACUUUUUCCGGCGACUUCCGGCCAUGACAGACUCUAUGCUCUGAAUCGUGUCCCGUGAGGAUUCAAACAAACAUAUAUGUCUCUAUAUAGAACUCUUCAUCUUCUUGAAAUUUGAAUUUGUAUCUAUCCCUCAAUCUAUGUGUAUAAAAGUUGAGAAUCUUGCAUAUUCAUGAA